AUGAUAUCCUCGUAAAUUUUCAAGCAAUAACAGAAUAAAUCAGUAUAGUAAUACAACAAUGACAAUAGUCAUGCAUAGAAUUUCGGAGCAACAUCCCAAAACGAUCGUCCAUUAGGCCAAAAUGUACAACAUGAUGAAGAUUAUAUACCACCUAAUGAUAGUGUUUACAGACAAGAUGAUAGGCCUCAAGUUAGUUUCUUUGGAUUGAGAGAUACUUAUGCUUAUAACAAUUAGUAUGAGAAUUAUCAAUCUUAAUAACCUCUUUUGAACGAUUUGUUUGGAGGAAAUGUUACUCAGUAUGUUUCUGGCAAAGUCAAAGGUGCUAAGAAUUUCAUAGGUAAAAUGUGGGGUUCUUACAUGAAGGGAGUAUCACCUGGAGGAGAAGAAUUUACCUCAAAGAUUGAUAAAAUGCUGCCUAAAGGUGUUUUUCGACCAAAAUUUUUGCAUGGAACUAUGAAAGAAAUUGCUGGCCAGAAUACAAACUAAAAACCAAUAUUGUUGUAUUUAAGUGGAGAUGAUGAAAUAAGCAGAUAAUUUGAGGUGUAUGUGCUUACUCAAGAGGGAGUUAUAUCCAGAAUGAGUGCAAUAUAAUCUCUAAAAAAUGAAAAGUUAUAAGAAUCUUUAUCAUAAACUCAAUAAAGGCAGUUAGAACCUGAAGAAGAGAUCAAAGAGAAUUAUCAUUUUUAUGAGCACUAGGAUGAGGAUGAAAUUUUAGCGAAACAGCUUUAAAGGGAAUAUGAAGAGGAAAUUCAGCGUGAAGCAGAAUAAUAAUAAUAACAACAAAAACAUUUCGAUGAACAAAGGUAAAAAUAGCUUCUCUAAUAAAGAGAAGAAGAAGAGAGAUAGAGAAAGCAAAAAGAAGUAGAAGAUAAAAAGAAAGAAGAUGAGCGAAUCAAACAACAAUUGAUAGAAUAAAAAGAAAGUGAGUUCAAGGAUAAAUUAAUAAGACUGGGAUAAGAGCCUGAGUAAACAAAUCCAGAAUCGGUAUAAAUAGCAUUUAGAAAACCAAAUGGCAAUGAACGAAUUUAAAGAAGAUUCUUGGUUUCAGAUCUAAUUGAAAAGUUAUAUGAUUUUAUUGAUACGCUCGAACAAGGCUCGGUUGGUUUCGAUAAGCCUGCUAACAAAGAUGAAGAUAUACAAUAUGAACUAGUUUUGCCUCCUCAACCAUAGAUAAAAGUUCUCAACGAUAAAACUAAAACUUUAAAAGAAGAGAAUAUAACAAGAAGCGCUCUUAUCAAUAUAAAAUAGUUAAAUUGA